GCAGACAGUGCACAUCUCUAGAGUCUCAAGUUAGCACGCUACGUAUAGGUACCAAUCUAACCCAUUUCUGGUUCACUGUCCAGCAAGAGACCAUCAUGGACCAGAACGUAACCAAUUCAACUGAAGAACCCUGUGGCUUGUCUGAAAUGCCAGCUCGUCCAUUCUUCAUAUGUUUAUACACACUGAUUUUUGUGGCAAGCCUGGUGCUCAACAGCAUUACAGUUUAUGUGUAUUUCUGCAAAGCUACAAAACAAUCCAGCAUCACAAUCUAUCUGAAGAAUCUGGCUAUAGCAGACUUGUUUGUGUGCCUGUGUUUGAUAUUACGCAUCGCUAAAUAUGCUAUAACUUCAGUGGAAAUUCAGCGUAUCUACUGUAACUUUGGCGCUCCUGCUUCCUACCUUAACAUGUACUCCAGUAUUCUCUUCAUGGGCUACAUCGCUGCAAACAGGUACAUGAAGAUUGUACGGCCACUGGAGAGUCACACGCUGCAAACAGUCCGUUCGACACGCUACAUCUGCAUCGUGACCUGGGCCAUCCUGCUGUUCUCAAAUUGUGUCUACACUGCUGUUUUUCUCAGCAUUGAUAAACAAACUUCUCCCCACAGUGGUUUCGACUGUGACAGCUUUCAUAACAGCUUUCUCAGACAGAUCUAUUUGGCCUUGCAGAUCAUUAGCUUUUCAGUGUUUUUGUUUGUGCUGGUCUCCCUGAUUCUGUUCUACUGUUUGAAUGUACAGAGGCUUCGUCAAGCUCAGCACACAAUGCCAAAUCAGCCUGGUAACGCUAAGCUCAGGAAGUCAAAGCGUAACAUGCAAGUUCUGAUGGUGGUUUUCGGCGUGUGUUUUGUACCAUAUCAUCUGGUGAGACUGCCGUACGUGUUCAUUAAACCCCUGCUGCAAGACUGCAAAGCAGAACAGGUUUUCUACAUCUUGAAGGAGGUGACUGUCCUGCUCACAGUACUGAAUGCCUGCUUGGAUCCACUUAUUUACUUUGUCUUUUGCAAGACCUUCAGAGCACAGCUUAACCUUCAAAGAUUUUGCAAAUCCAAAUGAGAAAAAGAGCUCUAGUCAGUUGAAUUAAAAGGGAUAGUUUACCAAAAAUGAAACUUCUGUAAUUUAGUCACUCUCAUGAUGCUCCAAACCUACAUGGGUUUCUUUCUUCAUCAAUACAGAAUUGAAGAUAUUUUGAAAAAUGUGUAUAACCAAACAGUUUGUCAUAGCCAUUGACUUCUAUGGGGGGAAAUACUCAGAAAGUCAGUGGGGACCAGUAACUGUUUGGUUACCCACAUUCUUUAAAAAGGAAAAAAAAAAUCUUCUACAGUGUUCAGCAGAAAAGGGAAACUCCUACAAGGUUUGUAAAAACUUGAUGGUGAGUAAAUUACAUUUCCUCACCACUAGCAGCACCAAUCAGAAUAGAAAAGAAUAUAUGUAUUCAUAUAUGUAUCUCCUAAGAACUGUGUGAUCACAUGCUUCAGUGUAUUUUGAGAAUGAACCAAAGAGCAUCUGGUGCAUUAACAGAAGCAAGAACAUCUCCAAAAAGGGUUCUCAUGAUCAAUUUAAUUAGUGACAUAGAAAUAUAUGUAUUUUUUACAUUUAUCUUUAAUUAAACGUUCUUCGUUAUUGAACAAAUAAUAAUUACAACAACAACAACACACACACACACAAAAACUGUAUUAUGAUGCUUCAUUUUUAUUGCCUAUAUAUUCCACAAAUCUCAGCAUGGGGUGAGAGAGGAAACUAGCUUAAACCGUGCUUGAUAAAAACAACAUCCAUGUUUAUAUCCGCUUUGCACUCCCACAGAAACCUCAGACAGAAAUAUCUGACAAAGAUAAUAAUAAUAAUAAACUAGGAAAACCCUUUAGACAACUGGUAAUUUUUAUCAGGUGUUUAUGUUUGUAAAUGUUUGUGUUCUUUUCUUUUAAAACCCCUUUACGUGCAAACAUCGCCGACGGCCCCAGUUUAUUAUUGUUUCACUUUCACAGCACAUUAAACAUCACUGUCUUACUACAUCUGGACAAACUGUGCAUCAAUUGAAAGUUUAAAGACUCUAGCUUCGAUAUUUGACCAAUAUUUUGAUAAAACAUUGUUGCAGUGACAGAUAUUUAGUGAUUUAUGUCAGGAGUGCAAAAUAAUAAAUCCGUAUUAUGCCCCAUUUUGAAUAGAAAUUCACCACUCACUCAUAUUCAGUCACGUCAGCAGCGGUUUAUUUGUGUUCACAUAGACUCACUGAACAGCAUCAAUAAGGAUUUUUAGACCAAAGAUGCAUAUCUGCGGAGAUAUAUGGAUAUAUUUACUGAUGUUUACUUCAUAUUUCUUCAGACAGAAUCGUCAUUUCUAUUCAUUUUCCACGGAUUUACGCGAUCUGAUGAUAAAUAGCCUCUGCCAGAGCCGUCUCUGUUUGUUUGCUUCCGUGUGCUCGAGAUGUGACCCAGACAGACUCUGAUUGGACCUUUGGGUUGUCAAUCUGACAGUCCCAAAACCAGACAGCGUCAGAUCGUGUCACAUGGUUCGUGAACAGUUCCUGGUUCAUAUCUGCUCACAACAACACUGAAACACCUCUGUAUACACGAAAUAUCCGAAUAAUAAACCCGCGAUUACGAUAGAAAAGCUUGGUAUGAGAUUUUCUUGAGAUCUGGGGCAUUUUAUAAAAUAUACAAAAAAAAUGUACAUGGGAAAUGCUAACUUGUGCAGCGAUGAAAAAGGCUACAAAUAGCAUAUUUUUACAAUAGUAAACGACCAAAUUCCACCCCUGAUCGCUAAAGGAAGUUAUUAUAAACACUCGAUCGGGGUUUAAAGUGAGUUUUGUAUAAAAGUACUAAUAAUUUCAUAAAUUGUCUGAUGUAGCUUGAUGCUAACGUUAGCUCCGAUGCUACUAAUAGCAGGUGCUUUUCUUCUUCAUAAUGCAUUUUGUCUCAAUAAUUCACGUCAAUGUCGUAAGAAAAUGUUUUGUUGUAUUUUUAUAUUAAGACUUUUGAUAAAUAAGGGCUAAAUGCAAAGAGAGACUGAAGUGAGAUCGCUGCUUUGUUGCUUUGUAAAGCCUGAAAAACCACAAUAAAGGCUAAUAAAGGUGGAAUAAAAACAAAAGAAUAAUGAUAAAAGAAUAAUGCGGAUAAUGUGUCGUACCUGGCGGAGGUGUGAAAGACUCGUUUGGUGAGAACAAUACAACGAAUCGGGGAGUUUUGCAAAGCCAACACACAUACAAAAUUCACAGAAGAGUUUACAUGUGAGAUCUUACAGGGAUGGCAAGGGCCAUAAAUCAAUCUGAUUUGCCUUCUCUAAAAAACACACAUGACAUGGCCUUAGAAAAUAUUUAAUAAAAUUCACAGUUUUACAGAUUAGAUUAUGAAAUUUCUAAUGAAGUUUUGAAAGACUUGUGGCUUUAGCUACACUCUAUUUCUAAACUCAUAUCUUACAUCAACACAUUUUUUAAAUACAUUUAAAAAAUAUGUUUUUAAUAUUUUUAUUUUUGUUUUUAUGUUUGAGCUUAUAUAUCCCUAUUAUCAUAACAGUCUGAGUGAUUCUGAUUCCUGAACAGUAAACUUUAAAGUGUCAGCUUUGUGAACAUAUGUUGAAUAUGUAUCUAGUCAGAAAGAAUCAUGAGCAGAAACCUUUUUAUUUUGGGUAUGUCAUUUCUGUCUCCAUGCCAAAAAAGGAGGUGCCUAAAAAGGGGUUAAUACUGUACAUUUAUUGGAUUUGAAUGUAUUUGCAAAACUGAUUUGCAAGGUUUUUUAAUUUAAAGUUACUUUGAGUUAGUGUUUACAGUAAAAAAAAGUAGCUAUUUUGCAUUAGUAUAUGGCACCUUAUGUUAAAAUCAGAUAUGCUAUUGUACAUCUUGUACACAUCACUUUUAUCAAUGUAUUGAAAUCUUGCUGAAUAAAAUUUAAAAUUAUAUUCCUUAUAUAAUAUAUAUAAUAAUUCAAUCAUAGAAUAUCUGUUAAUUCAUUCUUCUGUGUAAUUGUAUGUAUAUGAAUGUUUUAUUGAAACACAACUGGGGCACCUUUGACUCCAAUGAGCAAUGAAAGAGCAAUCACAUUGUCCUGUGGGUUAUGCUGGAGC